AUGCAUACGAAAGGCUAUUUUAGCUCUAUAUUUGAGAUCCAUAACCUUCUGUGGAAAUUUGAUAUUAUACCGCUUGAUAUUGAGCUGGCCAAGAUGUCUCCCUCAAUAACAUUGGCGGUGUUCCUCCUCGGCACCAUCAUCGUCUGCAAUGCAGAAUAUCGUUACAAAUUCCGUCCGCCAAGAAUGCCAGCACCUCAAGGUGGUGCAAUUUACAAGAAGUGGCCGAUGGUGAGCCAUCAUCCACAAGCGUCCAACAGGGCUUAUAGGAAACCACCAGCAAUCUACCGAUAUCCACCACCGCCGCCGUCGCCGAAGAGACCACCAUUUUAUAGAAGGCCUUACAAAUCUUCAUCCCACAUCCACAUACCGAUGUGGAAACCAAAACCGAUCUUCCCAAAUCCUUACCAGCAGAUUCCGAUCUCGAUCAAGGACCAACAGUAUGCGGUUAAAGGACCUCAGUAUUUCAAGGACCCGCAACUGAAGGAACCAAUUUAUUUGAAGAACCCUAAAUUUUAUGAUGAAUACGUUUUGAGACAACAAUCUCAAGCACCAGCACCAGCUGCUUUGACUUCGCCUUAUCAACAUACCGCCAAUUCUCAGCACUUGCAGAAUCCAUCAAACAUUCACGGCGGCCAGACACCUCCAAAACAACAGCAUUACAGCUAUCCCCAGCCAGUAUCUCACCAGCAUUUCCAAUUGGCUGAUGUGGCUGAUCGAGAAAGCCCAAUACGCACAAUUCCUGCUCCAAAUUUAAGUGGAGCAGGAGCCAGUUUUGCACAAGGACCUCCUCCGAAAGCUUUGGCUCUUCAGCAACCAGUGAAAGCUACUUAUAUAGGAAAUAAUGCUGGUAGUUUCCAUCAAUUACCAAAUACUGCGAGUUUUUAUCAACCUGAACCAGCUAAGUUAACUGGGCUUCACCAGUACCAUGUGACGGAACCGUCAAAUGAUGUGCGUAUUAAGGACCAUUUAUCAGGAGCCUCCACACUAUUUGCACCAGAUCCAGACCCAAAGUUACCAGCAGCACCUAUUUUCAAAAUAAAUGACCCAUUUUCGAUGCCGAGCAAUGGAAAACCUCUGCCUCCCGAUGUGCAACAUUAUGCUACACAGCAAACGCAGACACAAUCUCAAAAAACAAAAGGUUUGACCACUCAAGAAUUUUAUGAUCUACUGAACAGUUUUCCCUUACCUCAUAACCAGGAAGCUACCAGUAGCAAUUUGUACCAGGCUGCUCAUCAACCACAACUGCACCAGCAUUUACUGCAGCAGGCUCAUGGACUUCCCAUACCGGGACUCUCUGUGGGUCCUCAGCGCCCAAUGCCAUUUUUCUAG